AUGACGUGCAUGAGCGAUCUUUCGCAGGAUUUGGUAGUGGAGAUAUUGUCUAGGCUUCCGAAAACUUGUCUUGGAGCAUUGAGAUGUACUUGCAAAGGAUGGAACGCUUUAUCAAAAGAUCAGAUUCUAUGUACAGGAGAAUCAAAGCAGCAAUUUAUGGGGUUCAUGAUGAUGAACCAUAGGCUUUGUUCAAUGAGGUUCGAUCUCCAUAGAAUCCUGAACGUAGAUGGUGAAGACUUGGUUAGUAUAUUAAUGUAUCAAGUGGAGAUAUCUAAAGUCUUUUACUGCGCCGGCUUAUUGUUAUGUGUCAACAGGGAUAUGUCAACGCUCGUGGUUUGGAACCCAUAUUUAGGACAAACCAGAUGGAUCAAGACCACUACAACCACAACAAUAAGAACCAUGUUUGUUCUUGGAUAUGACAAAAACAAAAACCACAAAAUAUUGAGCUUUGAUAUAGAUAACCAGGGCUACUGCGAUAUAUACGAUUUUAAGACUAAUUCAUGGAGGAGUUUAACUUUUAUUGCCAGCUGGGAUAUAAUCUGUCAUUGUCAGGCACCGUGGGGUGUAUCUGUAAAUGGAAAUACUUAUUUUUGCACUAGAGAAAUAAUAGAAGAUGAAGAUGAUGAUGAUGAUGAAGAUUCAGACUCCGAUGAUGAAGCUACUGAUUUCUUAAUCUGUUUUGAUUUUACAGAAGAAUUUGGAAAGUUUCUUGAUCUACCGUGUGAGCUUGAAGUUUCUGAUUUUGUAUCUUGUGUUAAAGAAGAGAAACUAGCUGCGAUAUACGUAGAGGAUGGUACUACAAGUAGAAUAAUAGAGAUAUGGGUUACUAGUAAGAUAGAGACCAAUGCAGUGUCGUGGAUCCCUUUCUUGAAAGUUGAUAUUGAGCCACUCGCUGGUCCUGAAAGACUAGAUUUUGAUGGAGAGUUCGACAGUUUCUUCAUUGACGAAGAGAAGAAACUCGCUGUGGUUUUUGCUUUAGACGGCGACAGGGACGCAUCUCCAUACAACAGAAAAGCUUACAUCAUUGGAGAAGAUAGUUACUUUUAAAAAGUGGAUAUUGGACAAGUUGAAGCACAUUGUAGCUCUUUUUUGUGUUCAAGCUCUUAUGUUCCAAGUUUAGUGCAAAUCAACCAAACUGAGGUACCCAAAAGCAGAGAGACCAAGAAGAAGAGGAAGAGGAAUUGA